AUGGGGCAUCAUCAUCAUCAUCAUCGCAAAACCCCCAAAUCAUACACCCUGCCAUCCUCCCCCACCCACUCCUCCUCCUCUUCCGAUUUCGAAUUCACCAUCUCUCUUUCACCUCCCAAAUCCUCCGCCACCAAUCUCUGCCCUGCCGACGACCUCUUCUACAAAGGCCAACUCCUUCCCCUCCAUCUCUCCCCUCGCAUCUCCAUGGUCCGAACCCUCCUCCUCUCUUCCUCCUCCACCUCUUCCUCCGCCACUACCACCACCACCGCCCGCCACUCCUCCGACUCCCAUUCCUCUUUCUCAACCGACGCCUGCGAUUCCUCUCGCCCUAGCUCCGUCACCGACGACGAUCUUCACUUGCAAACCAAAUUAUUCCCUUCUUGUAUCACCAAUCAACACAAAAAACCCAAUAAGUACUUCUCCUUAUCUAGAUUCUCCUCCGUUUUUCGUAAGGAAACAAAACCCACAACCACCGCCCGUGUUGACCCGGAUGUUAUAACCGGAUCCUCCGUUAAGCGCAUGAGCGUGACAGCCAAAGAAGUGAUACGGAAAUACCUAAAAAAAGCCAAACCGUUGUACGAAAAGCUAUCGCAGAGGCAGGGCCAGGCUAUUCACGUUCCGAAAACGUCUCCUCCUCCACAGAUCACAAGGAACAACAACAACAAAGAAAAUGACGUAAUCUCUCACUCGUUUUCUGGAAAUCUACGGUACCCUAGAAGGAGAAGCUGCGUAUCAAGCUGCCCGUCGUCGAUGCGGUCGUCUCCGACUCACUCCGGGAUUCUCUGCCGUAAAAGUGCGGUAAAAGACGUGGGAGGUAUCUAUUCGAGCAGCUCUUCAUCCAUGGAGGAAUUGCAGAGCGCGAUUCAAGGGGCGAUAGCGCAUUGCAAGAACUCCAUGACUCAAAACUGCUAGAAAGAAUUAUAACGUCGUACAACUUGAUUUGCGCAAGGUACAAGUCAUUAACAACGCUUGUUUGUGAUCUCGUCGAUCUGACUGUUUUUGUAGAUCACUAAUUAAUCGGUAGUACUGAAAAUCAUUUAUUA